AUGGGGAAGAAGCCGCCGCACAUGUCCGACGUUGAGGCGGCCCGCUACGCCCCGCCACCGCCACCUACUUUUCACGUGCCACAGCCUCGCCUGUGGUUCCCAUGGUUGGUGCCACUCAUUUUUUUGGCCAACAUUGCAAUGUUCGUGUAUAGCAUGUAUGAAAAUGAUUGCCCUGCCUACUUAGAUGCACGGGUUUGCCUUUUCUCUGAAUAUCUGGGCAGAUUCUCCUUCCAACCCUUCAGGGAAAACCCUCUCCUUGGCCCUGCAAUCCGCACGCUGCGGCUAUUAGGAGCCCUUGAAAAGGACUUAGUGGUGGACCAGAAUGAAAUAUGGCGCUUCGUUUCCUGCAUGUUUCUUCACGCUGGAGUUGUGCAUUUACUAGCCAAUAUGUUUAGUCUUCUAUUCAUAGGAGUUCGGCUUGAGAAGGAAUUUGGAUUUUUGAGAAUUGGAUUCUUAUACAUGCUUUCUGGUUUCGGUGGAAGUUUGUUGUCUAUCUUGCAUUUGAAAGAAACUGAAUCAAAUACCGUAUCUGUUGGCGCAUCCGGUGCACUUUUUGGUCUUCUAGGAGCCAUGCUUUCUGAGCUUCUAACUAACUGGAGUAUCUAUGCAAAUAAGUGUGCAGCUCUAUCGAGCCUAUUGAUCAUUGUUGGCCUAAAUUUGGCUGUUGGAUUUCUACCUCAUGUGGACAAUUCAGCUCAUGUUGGAGGCUUCCUGGCAGGAUUUUUCCUCGGUUUUGUUCUUCUAAUGCGCCCUCAAUAUGGAUACGUAAAUCGCAAAUAUAUACCUCCAGGAUAUGAUGUGAAACGCAAAUCAAAGUACAAAUGCUAUCAAUAUUUCUUCCUGGUCGUGUCAGUGAUCAUCUUACUUGUCGGAUAUGCAUAUGGCCUAGCUAAGCUGUACAUAGAGAAGUCACGGGAUAGUUUUACCUUCGUAGACAGUUAUACACGAUAAAGGGUUCCGAUUCCACAGCCAGAUCUUCAAGCUUGCAUGUACAAACCAAAAAUUUUCCCUUCUAGAAGCGUAUGUGCCAGUACACAUGUCUUACAGAAACAGAUAAAUAAAGCUCCGCUUCAAUUUCUUUUGCCUAAGACAUCUGCAUGAUUACAAUCGCUUCUCAGAAUUCAGGUUUGAAGCUCUUUCUGAUUUCCAGGUACAUGAUUAUUUGUCCUCUAUACAGAAGAAAAGGCCAAAAUCCAGCACAUGAGAUGAUAAGACACGCUUUAAAAGUAUCUAUCUGGCUUCCUAUAGGAAAUUCUUGUAUGCUGACCUCCUAAUUUAUCAGACCAAGUGAAAAAGUGUUCGAGUGUAUUACUCAUCAUUUAUUCAAACCUUUUCUGUUUUCUACUACCAGAAUCAGCUGCAUGUAGAUCUAAUCACAACUAAAUCCAGCGACAAUGAAUAGUUAUUCAUUUUUGUGUGGUGAAACCAAUAUUUCACCCAAUAGAAAAAGGAAGAAAAACAGGGGUUUUGAUUUUAUUUA